CUCUCUGCGCUUCGCCGUCAUCUAGAUUGUCGGGGAAGCCAAGGUCGACAGAGGAGAAGCCGGUCGUCAAGGGUCCAAUGGAUCUUGACUUAGGUUUGACAGAGGAGAAGCCGGAGAAUAGGUUGGGUUCAAAGAUAGGCGCAACGGCGGCGUCGGGUGUUACAAUUGCGGUGAUUCGAAGCACAUUGCUAGUGAUUAGGGUUCCGGUGGAACUAGAAGUAAAGGAGGUCCAUAGUCAACCGAUCUUUCAUUUUCGUGGGUCGGUGAAGGUCAAGAAGAAGCCGGUCGUCGAGGAAAAACCGGUCGUUAUCAAGAAGCCGGUCGUUGAGGGUUGGGUAUGGAGAAGGAGAACUAGUUGGGUCGGUGGAGCUAGGGCUGGGCAAGACCCGCAAAAAACCCAUCCGCCCCGCCUAGCAAAAACACUAAACCCGCAUAAUAUAUUCGGAUUUCGUUUUAGUUUUUAGCAAACCGCACGGUGCGGUGCGGUUUGCGGGUCCGGAUUUUUCAAAAUCCCGGGGCCCCGCCCCGCCCCGCACCGUGUAAACAAAAAAUAAUAAAUAAAAUAUAUUUUAAAGUCCUUAACCCUAGCGUUCCCUAAACUAAACCUCCUCUUAUUUUUUUCCUUUCUUUUCUUCUAGCCGCCGCACUCUUCCUUUUCUCUUCAUUUUUCAUUUUUUCUUCCUGCACUACUCCUUCCUCUUCACAAGCCUCUCAAGAUCUUCGAGUCCAUGGCGAGCAUUGCGAACAUUGCGGGGUGGUCAAGGUUGCUGGACGUCCACAGGCGAGGUUCCUGUACAUGCUCUCGUAGCUGACGGUGAAGAUCUUCAAGGUCUUUUUCUUCGGCACUCCGAUCUGUAUCUCUUUUGAGUCUCUGUUUUGUUCCUUAAAAAAUAUUUCGAGAUUUCAGUUGAGAAAAUAUUUUGGUAUUUCUUUCUUCUGAAGUUUUUAUUUUGUUGUUU